UUACAAAGAUAUCAAACGAUUUAGUCACUUCAUUUCAUCUUUAAGAAAAAUGUCGAGCACUCAGUUUAAUGCAGGCGAAACCCACGGCAAAACUCAGGCCAAGACAGAGCAGUUGGUUGAUUCAUGCAAGGAUGCAGCAAAUGCAGCCCGUGACCAAUCUGCCCAGGCUGCAGAUCAGAGUGCCGGAUUCCUUCAACAGACUGGCGAGCAAGUGAAGAGCAUGGCUCAGGGUGCUAUUGAUGGUGUGAAGAACACACUUGGAGUUGGUGACAACAACACUAAGAAGUGAAAGAAACACGUCAUUCGUGAGAAUCAUGACUUGGUUGAUUUAUUUGUUGGUCAUUUCCUAUAAUUAGGAGUUUCCUAUACUCGAAUGGUAUACGGAAAUCAUAAG